AUAUUUUUGUGUUUCGAAAGAACAAUAUCUGUUUUUUUUUAUUAUUAUGUUUUAAUAAAAGUGUUUGUAGUCCGAUUUGUUUUCUUUCUCGUCUCUACAUCUUUUUCCCAAAAAGAUGCUAAAUUUAUCUGGUUUCUCUUGGUAACUACUGAACCAUCUGCGAUUUUGCGAAUUAUUAUCAGUUGGGUGGAAGAAUUACAGAAAAUCUCAAAGUUCGAACAGGGGUUUUCAAGCUCUUAUCACCUGAUUUUACAUAACUUAAAUAUGGAAUUAUCUCUAUCGCAUGCUUUAUCAUAUACGCAUGAUAAAUCCCCGAUUUCUCUCAAAUCAGAUUUCCUCCCUUCUCAUUCUUUCUGGAACAGAAACCAUAACAAGAUACAGAAACCACAAAACCUAUCUUUUACAAUCACUGCAUCCAUCAAACAUGUUCGUGACCCAUCACUCGACUACCAUGUAGUAAAGCAAAACAAGAUCCGAUUUGUUCAAAAGCUCAAAACUUUACUCCUUUCAAAACCAAAACACUACAUGCCACUUCACAUCCUAGGCAAAUGUCGAUCCUACCUAUCUCUCUCAAAACCCCGAUCCCUUCUCUCCAUGAUCCAUCGUUACCCCACCAUUUUCGAACUCUUCACUAUCCCUUUACCUUCAACACCAUUAAACGCCACAAAAACACUCCCACAACUCUGUGUACGUCUCACUCCAUCUGCAUCUUCUCUUGCAAUUCAAGAAUCUAACCUCAAAACUGCCAUGUCAGACUCUUUAGCCAACAAACUUCAGAAACUUCUCAUGCUCUCUUCUCAUCAAAGACUACUUCUAUCAAAAUUAGUCCACAUUGCCCCUGAUCUUGGCCUCCCUUCUAACUUCCGUUCUAGACUCUGUAAUCAAUACCCUGAAAAGUUUAAAACUGUUGACACGUCAUAUGGGCGUGCACUUGAGCUUGUGUCAUGUGACAUUGACCUGGUCAACCCUCUACCGAUUCCUGAAGUCAAACCUCUUGGGUUGAUUGUAGAUAGACCUUUGAAGUUUAAUCGAUUGAGACUACGAAAAGGGCGUAAUGUGAAAAGACAUCAAGAACAGUUUUUGAUUAAGUUUAGGGAGAUAAAAGACGUGUGUCCUUAUCGAACAAAAGUUGGAGAGUUUCCAAAAGAAUCUUUGAAAGCAGAGAAGAGAGGUUGUGAUGUGGUGAGGGAGGUGUUAGGUAUGAUGGUUGAGAAGCGGACUUUAGUUGACCAUUUGACUCAUUUUAGGAAAGAGUUUGGGUUGCCAAAUAAGUUGAGGGGUAUGUUGUUGAGGCACCCCGAGCUUUUUUAUGUGAGUUUGAAGGGGGAUAGGGAUUCGGUUUUUCUUGUGGAAGGGUAUGAUGAUGAGGGUAAACUUUUGAAAAAAGAUGAGUUGUUGAUGAUGAAAGAUUUGUUAAUGGAUUUGGUUAGGGAAGGGAAAAGGAUGAGGAGAGAGAGAAGGAAUGAGGUUAAGAAUGAUUUUAGUUAUGGAAAUAGAGAAAUCAAUGGAGAUUAUGAGAGUGUUGAUGAGAUUGAUGAUGAUGAUGAUGAUGUUGUGGAUAGUUUGGAUGACUUAUUUGAUGAUGAUGAUGAUGACGCUGAUGUUGAUGAUGAUGAUGAUGAUGAAGAUGAGGGAGGAGAAUUUUGGUCUAACAAGUUUGUUUCUGUAGUUGGAAGUGAAGAAAAAUGUUUAGAGCCUUGGUGAUGAUUGUUAAUGGCUUUGUAAGUAUGUUGUUAUGUUGAGAUUUGAGAAUUAAUUAUAUGAAAACUUGUUAUGUUAUUAGUAAAAUCUCUAUAUGUAUAAGGUUAUUGGUUGGAGUAUAGUAUAAAAGCAAAUAAAAUUGUGUGCUUUUGUUGUUAUAAAUAGAAAUGAUGGUGAAGCUUUUGUGAUAGGA